AUGCUUCCAGUGGCUCCAGUGGCUCCAGUGGCUUCGGUGGCUCCAGUGGCUCCAGUGGUUCCAGUGGCUCCAGUGGCAUCAGCGAUUUCAGCGCCUUCAGUGGUGCCUCCAGCGCCUUCUCCACCCACGAUAACACCUCCACCGGGUCUGAUUCAAGCUCAAGCUUCAGGGUAUGAUUCGGCUGAUCUCGGCGGAGGCUACGACACAGCAGCCGCAAUGCCCUACUCCAAGAAACGUGCCACUCACAAACGUCGCACUCGUGUACACAAGAAGAAAUUCAUCAAUAAGACAAGUUGA